CAUAAAUACCGAGAUCAGGCUCGGUCCUUUCUCUCUCUCUCUCUCACCCAACGCUGUAACCUCUCAUCAAUCUUCUUUACAAAGAAAAGGAGAGUAUGUGUACGUUCAAAAGCGUGAAGACAAGGGAGAGGGAUUUUGCAGUACGAGAGAGAGAGAGAGAGAGAGCAAAACACAAACCGACGACGAACGGACGGAUCUGGGUCAACGACGUUUGACCGAAAAAAAAGACAAUUAGAGGGGUAGAAGUGUAAAUGAAGUACACCCACUCCUGGGGGGUUUGUUUAUUGUAUUAAUUUCCUAAUUAAUAAGCAUUUCCGAUUUCUUUAUAAGCAUUCGGCUUUGUCGUUGCGCUUGUUGUGUUCUCGUUGUAGGCCUUCUAUUAGGCUUUAUAUAACCUCUCACUCUGCCUUUUUCCUCUCUUUACUUCUGAGAGAGAUAAGGAGGACACAAACCAAGGACAAGCUAUGAGAACGAGGAGGGGGCUUUGUUAUCCUAGAGUGGUGGGAGGGGGAGGAGACGUCUGUAUGUCGUCGGAGAACAGAAUAGUAGUGAAGAGGAGGAGAGAUUCGGCCGGGGAGCACAUGCCUUGCCGCAAGAGGAACAGAAAAUCGCCGGAGAUCGCCGGGAAGUGUGACUUGUUCGACGCCUUGCCCGACGAUCUUGUCAUUUCUAUUCUCUGCAAACUUAGCUCCUCCGCCGGAUGCCCCUCCGAUUUCACCAACGUUCUGAUAACGUGCAAGAGGUUAAACGGCUUAGGUCUCCAUUCGCUAGUCUUAUCCAAAGCUUCUCAGAGAACGUUCGCCAUUAGAGCCAAGAACUGGUCCGAGUCCGCUCACCGCUUCUUGAAACUCUGUGCCGAUGCCGGAAACGUCGAAGCCUGCUACACUCUCGGCAUGAUUCGAUUCUACUGUUUGCAAAACCGAGGGAGCGGAGCGUCGCUGAUGGCCAAGGCGGCGAUUAGUUCUCACGCGCAGGCGCUGUACUCGCUCGCCGUGAUACAGUUCAAUGGAAGCGGCGGCUCCAAGAACGACAAGGACCUCCGAGCUGGCGUGGCUCUGUGCGCGCGAGCUGCCUUCCUCGGUCACAUCGACGCGUUGCGCGAGCUCGGCCACUGCCUCCAGGACGGUUACGGCGUGCGCCAGAACAUAACAGAGGGCCGCCGAUUCCUAGUCCAAGCGAACACCCGCGAGCUGGCCGCCGUGGUCGCCUCCGCGGCGGGUUCGGGCGCACCCACGCGCUCCUUGUUUACGUGGAACCCACACCCGCUCCCCCACCCUCAUCCACGGAACGUGAACUGCGGGGGCUGUCCAUUGCUGAGCGACUUCGGGUGCAACGUGCCGGCGCCGGAGGCUCACCCGGCGAGCCGGUUCCUGGCAGAGUGGUUCGCGGCCCGGUGCGUGUCUCCUGGCCCGGGUUUGAGACUGUGCUCGCACGUGGGUUGCGGACGGCCUGAGACGAGGAGGCACGAGUUCCGUCGAUGCUCGGUGUGUGGGACCGUGAAUUACUGUUCACGCGCGUGCCAGGCGCUUGAUUGGAAGAUGCGCCACAAGGCGGACUGCACGCCCACUGAGCGGUGGGUGGAUGAUGACGGUGACGGGAACGGCCACGCUAAUGGUGAUGCUGGUGAGGGCGAUGGCGGAGUUAAUGGGAACAACGAUGACGUCAUGGCUGAGAGUUAAGUUUAACGUUGACGGUAACGGAACGGUUACGGCAGAUAAUGUUGGGUUAAUAGGAUAAAAGAACAACGGGAAAAGAAAAAGAAAUGUGGCCAUUUUUGGGGGGACAAUUAUAAAUUUAAGUUGUAUGGCCGUUGGUUGGCACGGAGUUCAGCUUCCCCGUUUUUUGUUGUAUAGGGGGGUUUUUGGAGAAAGUGGUGGCCUUUCUAUUUUCUCUUUGCUUAUCUGUUCUGUACCUUUUGUACUGUAGAGAGGUUGUCAGCCUUAACUUAGUAAAAAAGAAGAUAAAAA